GAGUUAGUCACUGGCGAAGUCAGAGGCUAAAUCCGUGGUGGGCGUGCCUGAACCUCUGUGGAUAGGGGCACGUAAAAAGUUUCCCAGUUCCCGGAAAUGAUAUUGUCACUACUGCGGUGAUGUCGUAUGCUUAGAGGAUUUCUAAGGUUAGUUAUUUGUAUUUGUUAUUUGUAGUGUUCAUGUUUCUUAUCUAGUGAAUUUGUUUACAGGCAGGUACUAAAUGUAAAUUAAUGUUUGCGGAUUAAGUCGGUACAUUAUAAUAUAAUGUAUUAAUACGUAAAAUAACUCUUCUGCAAAUAUAUUUAUCUAAAGUAAUUAAAUGACAGAUAAAGUAUAUUAAAUUAAGUGUCUAAUGUCUAAAUGGUAAUGUAAUUAAUAUUAUUAUUUCUUAUCACGAAAUACUAAUGGGUUUUAACAUUUAAUUAUGGUGUGAUAGUUUACUGAGAGUAAGAUGUUUGCACAGUUUGUAUUAUCUCAGAAGAGAGUUUAUUUUAUCUAUGACUAUUGCUAUUAAUAUAAUUAUGGACUUUGGAUUAUAGUGUUUGUACGAUACUUAGUGCGUUGUAUUAUUUUAUUUAGAUCGCUAUUUCUGAAUGUGUCAGUUACCGGCCAGGUGUUACAACCGGUAUAAUAUCCGCCCGGUCCCCUCCAUUAUUAUUUUUAGUUAGGGUUGAGGGUUGAGGGUUAGGGUUAGGGUUAGGGUUAGGGUUAAGGUUAAGGUUAAGGUUAGGGUUAGGGUUAGGGGAAGGGGGGACCGGGCGGAUAUUUUUCCUGACAACCUUAGUUACACACACUUGGUAUGUACAUGACUGUGUUGUUAUAUGUGUAUAUUUUUAUGACAUUGUAAUGUAUAUGAAUGUGUUAAACAUUAGUAGUGAAUGUAUUAGGAAAAUAUGGAUUGUAUAAAGGAAUAACAGAUGGUGUCAUGUCAUGUGUAUUGUGAAUGUAUUGUUUGAUAGGAACCAUGUAUUAGUGAUAUGUGAUUCGAUACAUAUGUUGAAUUAUUUAUGACAGUCUAGGAAAUGUCAUGUUUCAUAUACAUGUAUUUCUUAUCGUAAUGUCAUGUAUUAUAAUUUAUAUUCUUGUAUUUAAUUUAAAGCGGCUAUGUCUGGAAUAUUUUUAUUAUUUAAGCAUUUAGAACAGUUAAUCCAGUCACAUUUGGUGCAUAUAAGACACCACACUCGGCAUUGGAUUUGCUACGCUGGCGUUUCCAAGUUAAAAAUAAAUCCAGUAUUUAGAAAGUGGGACACUUUUGCCGGGCUCCUACCGAUUUCUGUUUUCAUUGGCUUAUCGCAAUCAUAGAAUUCCCUACUAAAGAUCACACAAGAUUUCACACGUGAUUAAUGGCGUCGACACCAGACAAGAAUUUCGACAAAACGUUUGACAGCAUCAUCUGCAAAGAGGCACAAAAAACGUCGCGAUGCUAUAAGGAGUAUUGCCAGAGUGAGUUUAGGAAACGAAUACAGUCGCUGGUGCGAACUAAAAGCCACCAUUGCAGGCAGACGACAUGAAGAUGUUGCUAAAGUACUGCUUGAUAAAUGGUAUGAAGAACCACAAGCUGAAAGUCGUACUACAAUGCUGCAUACAGAGGAACAUUCUACAGGGCUAGGGUAUGAAGAAACAGAAAGAAAGAGCCAAACUGAAAUACCAGAAAUAAAACAACAUUCUUCAGUUGGUAAAAGAUCUAUUGAACUUGGUGAAUUGGUCGAGUUUCCAGGUCCUUCCGGAGUUCAUGUUAAACAUUCCACUCCAGCAUAUGAAACACGGACAGAGCCGUCUUCAUCCGAGUCCGAGCACACUGGUGAACUGGAAUCUUUUCACAAUCUCAUUCUCAUGUAUGCCUCAAAGAGAUUUACAUACAGCUAUCCUGUUUACAAAACAAGAAACUACCUAGCCGCCAUAGCACAAAGAAAGAAAGAAAUUUUCAUUAAUUUCAGGUAUCAUCGAAUAUAUUCCAAGCGGAGUAAGACAUGGAGUGUGGUGCCCGUUUUGGAGAAGAAAUUGUACCAGUACAUUCCAGAAUUACUGACACAGAUCCUGCAGAAAAGAAUAGAUGAGGCAUAUUUGACCAUGCAAUGUCCAGUGACAAUGUCACAGGAUGACCCAAGAAGGAUAUCCAGAACCAUUGCAGAGGUUGAACCAGAGUCAACAGAAGUUCUGGUUUCCAAGAAACGAAGUCGAUUCCAAUAA